GCCCACUCCUCCGUCACCUUCCCUACUAGCUACCAAUAGCCCCUAGUAAGGUUUCGAAGUAGAAUGGCAUCAGCUCUAUGUAGUCUUCAGUCAAUCGGCAGCAGCAGUAGUAGUAGUAAACCGGCCAAAACACACCGAGAGCAACGAAGGAAAUCCAGAGAUUCCAAAAGAAGACAGGCCGCUGUGUUAUUUCUCAGUAAUAUCUCACUGGACGGACGGCCUCAGUGUCGCUUGAACAAUGAUAAUCAAGCUGCUCGAAAAGCCACCGAGGAGCCCCCGUGGAUCCCGCCGUCAGACAACCAAGGGCCGGUGUCUCAAGUGGCGGAGCCCGCUCCGUCCGCCGGGAGCUCUUCGUCCAGUUUUCCUGGAGUCUUCAGUCCUUCGGUCAAGUCUGCCGGAGCCAACGAGGUGUUCUUGGAGGGUGGCGGUACAGCCGAGAGCCCGGACACCCCGCUGCCCCCCUCGACCAGCGGCUGUCAACAGGCUAGCGUCUCCCGUGGUCGUUCAACCCCCGCAGUGAGCCCUCUGCCCACCGGUCAGUCGAAGGAGUCACGACCCAGGUUGAGGAAUGUCUCCGGUUCUCCUGGACCCAAGGUGCCAAAGAAGGUCCAUUUCAUCAAGACCAUGAGGCAGUAUGACACCAGGGGAUGCAGGAUCAUGCUGAUUUGUGCCAGGCGCUCGUUAUAUGCUGCUUUCUCAGUGCUGCCCUAUGGAGAAAUUGCUCAGCUCAGCGAUGCUAAGCUGGAGGCGCCGAGAAGACACUCCUCCGUGGCGGCGGCUGACCUGCUUCCUUCGCUGGAGGGUGUGGAGAUGGCCGCGUGUGAUAAAACUGUUUCAUAUGCUCAGUUUCUUUAUCCAACCAAUGCCUUGGUGAGAGAGAGGAGCGGCGGCGCACCAGAAAACUGCGCAGCUCCGACCCAGCCAGCACGUUCCCAAGGCAACGGGCCAAGGACUUUUACACUUACCCGCCUUAAUAGCGCUGUGGCACAAGAACCAAAUACAGAAGAGGUGGCUGAGUACGACCCCAACCUGCUCAGUGACCCUCAGUGGCCUUGUGGGAGACACAAGAGGGUUCUGAUAUUCGCAUCCUACGUGACGACAGUUAUGGUGUACGUCAAACCGUCAGAGCUGAAGAAGGACAUGAACGAGAUCUUCAAGGAGAAGUUCCCUCACAUUCUGCUGACCCUCAGCAAGAUCAGAAGCCUGAAGAGGGAGAUGCGGGCCGUGAGCGAGGAGUGCGGCCUCCAGCCGGUCACCAUAGCGAUGGCGUUUGUUUAUUUUGAGAAGCUGGUGCUGCAGGGGCGCCUCAACAAGCCCAACAGGAAACUGGUGGCAGCCGCGUGCGUGCUGCUGGCUGCAAAGAUCAGCAGUGACCUGAGGAAGAACGAAGUCAAACAGCUCAUUGACAAACUAGAGGAGCGUUUCCGCAUCAACAGACGGGAGUUGGUUCCUCUGGAGUUCCCCGUGCUGGUUGCCUUGGAAUUGGGCCUCUACCUGCCCGACAGCAAGGUGAUGCCGCAUUACCGGCGAUUGGUGAAGCAGGGAUAACUCGACGCCCGAGACUUACUUUACAACUAGCACGCAUGUGUGCAUUCUUUGGAUUUGUCGUGGUUCAACUGUAUGGUUUGUCAAACUGUGAUUGUUGUCCGGGAAGCCUUUUGUGUGUUUAUUCCUUGAUCAGCAUUUUAAAGUGUACUUGUGCACUACUACUACUAGUGCCAUCUUUUGCCCAGUGGCUCCAUGGACCUUAAGUAGAUAUCAAAGAUAUGGAAAAAACGUUUCCACAGGCUUGUGGAUUUUGCACCUGAAUGAUCUAAAUAGCAUUUGUCACUUGUGUUUUUAAACACGCCUUUUAAACCCACUGUGACAUUUAGUAGUUUGAACUUUUUGACUAGACAUUGAACUGUAGAUUGUGGCAUGUAACUGUGUGGCACCUCUUCAAUGUAUUUCAUGGCAGCUCUCUAUAAUGUUGUUUACUUUGUGUGUGCGUGUGUGUGUUUUGUGCACAAAGCCCCAGUGUGUAUCUCUGGCACGUUUGAUUUCUCAGGAAUUUUUGCUUUGUGGUGUGUGUGUUGUUGUCAGAUGUGGAUGUGCAAGCAUUAAAGUGCCUCCGACUCCAGUGUGCUGUAAGUGAUGUUUCAGUCCAAGCAAAUGUUUGUGGUGUGAGACCUCUUAAAAAAAAAAAAACUGUCUCAACUACUAAAUAUGUCACUGAAUGUAAAAGAAAACCAGUCAUGUGUAAAAUGUUUCUGUAAAUGAUUAAAAUAUAUUUAAAUGCA